AUGUCGAAAGCUAGCACACCGGAAUUGAAAAAGUACAUGGAGAAGAAGAUAUUCAUCCAAUUAAACGGAAAUCGAAAAGUUACUGGUAUCUUGCGAGGAUUCGACCCAUUCUUGAAUCUGGUGGUGGAUGAUGCUGUUGAAGAAAAAAAGGAUAAUAGUAAAGAGGAUUUGGGAAUGGUGGUCAUAAGAGGAAACUCUGUCGUGGUGUUGGAAGCUCUUGAACGUAUUUAA